CGGUCACGAAAAAUUGAAAUUUGAACAUUUACAACGCACAACCGAAGACAAGCAAAACACACACUCACUCUCUUCUGUUCUAUCCACACGCUGUUCCGCCGCAAGAUUGCUAUUUCUUCUUGUAAUUUCAAGAUUUUCUCAGUUCCCAAACACCCAAAACUCUCGACCCCAUGGAAGAUAUACAAAUCAACAUUCUUGGCCAAGAUCCAGAAACUUUUACUUCAGAACCCUAUGUUUCUAGGGUUUCUGAUUGGGAUAAACCCUUGAAUCAUGGAAAUAAAGACCUGCCCAGGGACGAGGACGAUGAAUCUUCAGUAGAUUGUAUGGUUUGUGAUUCGAGUUCCAGGCUGAUUUUAAAUGGGUUUACGAGGCCGAAUUGUAAAGAUUGGUUUAUUGAAUCAGAGGAAGUCCUGAUGUUUGUGAAUGCUGGAGGGGAUGCUGCAAUAGAAGCAGAUUCCACUAUAAGGUUUAUGGCUGAUACCUGUUUUCAAGGAGGAGAUAUAUUCCAAACUGACGAGCACAUAACUGGGGGCGGAGAUUAUGCAUUUAUAUACCGGUCAGCACGACUAGGAAAUUUCUGUUAUCGGUUUGACAAUUUUCCUCCUGGAGAAUAUUAUGUUGAUCUUCAUUUCGUAGAGAUUAUAAACACUUAUGGGCCUAAAGGAAUGAGGGUAUUCAAUGUAUUCAUGCAGGAUGAGAAGAUCCUGUCGGACUUUGAUAUCUUCUCCAUUGUUGGAGCCAACAAGCCAUUGCAGUUGGUUGAUUCAAGGGUUUCUGUUAAGGAUGAUGGCCUGAUUGUAAUAAGGUUUGAAGGGGUCAAUGGAAGUCCUUUGGUUAGUGGGAUCUGCAUAAGGAGAGCAUCAAAGUCGUCAGCUUUACAGGUGAAACAUGAAUAUCUUGUAUGCAGCAACUGUGCUGCUGAGAUAGAUGUUCCUUCAGCUCAGAAGAAAGUCAUGCAAAUGAAAUCAACUGCCAAGUAUGAGAAGAAGAUACAAGAGCUGAGUACCCAGUGCCAACGCAAGACAGAUGAAUGUUAUCAGGCCUGGAUGUCCUUAACUGCUGCAAAUGAGCAGCUAGAGAAGGUUAGGAUGGAACUUGACAAUAAGUUGUUCCAGACAUACUCUCUUGAUGAAACUGUGGAGAAACAAGCUGAAAAGCUGAGGAAUAUUUCUAGCAGGUAUGAGCAUGAUAAGAAGUUUUGGGUUGCCGCAGUUAAUAAUUUAGAGGAGAAGAUAAAGGUGAUGAAAGAGGAGCAUUCUCAACUCUCUCACGAAGCACAUGAAUGCUCUGAUUCAAUUCCUGAAAUGAAUAAAAUGGUUUUCGCAGUUCAGUCCUUGGUUGCACAGUGUGAGGAUCUAAAAGUCAAGUACAGUGAAGAGCAAAGAAAGAGAAGGAAACUAUAUAACGAAGUUCAGGAGGCAAAAGGAAACAUCAGGGUAUUUUGCCGAUGCCGUCCUUUAAGCAAGGCAGAGGUCACAGCUGGGCAUGAAACAGUUGUGGACUUCGAUGCAGCCAAGGAUGGGGAACUUGGGAUCCUGAGUGGUGGUUCUACCAAAAAGACCUUUAAAUUCGACCGCGUUUACACACCAAAAGAUGAUCAAGUUGAUGUGUUUGCGGACGCUUCUCCAAUGGUGAUGUCAGUGUUGGAUGGCUAUAAUGUCUGUAUCUUUGCUUAUGGGCAAACAGGAACAGGAAAAACGUUCACAAUGGAGGGUACUGAGCAAAACCGAGGUGUCAAUUAUAGGACUCUAGAGGAAUUGUUCAAAAUUGCUGACGAAAGGAGAGAAACUUUUACCUACAAUAUAUCUGUUAGCGUGCUUGAAGUCUACAAUGAGCAAAUUAGGGACCUGCUGGCUGCAUCACCAACAUCAAAGAAGUUGGAGAUAAAACAAGCUUCUGAAGGGUUUCAUCAUGUUCCUGGAAUAGUGGAAGCCAAAGUAGAGAACACAAGCCAAAUCUGGAGUGUACUGCAGGCUGGAAGCAGUGCCAGGGCUGUUGGAUCCAAUAACGUGAAUGAGCAUAGCAGCCGUUCUCAUUGCAUGCUUUGUAUAAUGGUAAGAGCAAAAAACUUGAUGAAUGGUGAAUGCACCAAUAGCAAGCUUUGGCUUGUGGAUUUGGCAGGCAGUGAGAGGCUUGCAAAAACUGAUGCGCAAGGGGAUCGCCUCAAGGAAGCUCAAAAUAUCAAUAGAUCACUUUCAGCUCUUGGAGAUGUGAUAUCAGCUUUAGCAACUAAAAGUAGUCAUAUUCCAUACAGGAACUCUAAGCUGACACAUCUACUUCAGCAUUCAUUAGGGGGUGACUCUAAAACCUUAAUGUUUGUGCAAAUCAGCCCUUCAGAGCAAGACUUGAAUGAGACUCUGAGUUCAUUGAACUUUGCGACCCGGGUUCGAGGGGUUGAGUUGGGUCCUGCAAAAAGGCAAAUUGACACAAGUGAGCUUCAGAAAAUGAAAAUGAUGCUUGAUAAAGCAAGGCAGGAAUCCAGAUUCAAAGAUGAAUCCCUGAGGAAGCUAGAGGAUAGUUUACAAAACUUGGAAAGUAAGGCCAGAGGCAAGGAUCAGUGUUACAAAAACCAACAAGAGAAGAUUAAAGACCUUGAAGGCCAGAUAGCAUUACUGAACCAGUCAGAAAAGCAAGUCUUGCAUUUGUCAGAGAGAUUGAAGGGGAAGGAUGAAAUUUGCACUUGUCUUCAACAAAAGGUAAAAGAGCUGGAGAACAAGCUUAAAGAGCUAGAGCAAUCAGAAUCUACGACUUACCAACAGGUCAAGGAUCUUGAAAACAGAUUGAAAGAACAAGUGAGACAGUCUGAGUCUUACUCUGUUACCCUUCAACAUAAGGUCAAGGAACUGGAGAUGAAACUGAAAGAGAAGCACGAACAGAACUCAGAGACCUUACUUCGUCAAAAGAUUAAGGAGCUUGAAGAUAAGUUGAGAGAGCAAGAACAAAAGUUUGGUUUCAAGCUAAGUUUGGAUUCCACUGAUGCAUUAGGAGCCACUCCACUUGAAGGAAAAUGCUAUGUAAGAUAUGAGACGAUGAAUGAUAUUGAGCACCACCAUAUUCUUAGGAGCUCAAACUCGAUAAACUGCCGAGAGAAAGAGAGUCAGGGGUCCACAUUGCUGAAAGGGAACAAAUCUCUUCAUGACAGAAGAAGGAAAUCAUCCAGGAAUGGUGAAACAGAAAACAAAAUCAGUUUAUCAACUUCCUUAAAUGAUAAUAAGGGCAGGAAAUCAGACCCCCCUAAACCAUUUGCUAGGAUUACAAGAACAGUCAAGCCUGUUUCAACUUCUCAAAGUCAAAGGCCAUUCACUCAUAGCCGAACCAGCAGGGAUGAGGUUCAAGGAAUCAAGGAGAGGGACACUAAGAAAAGGAUUUGGUCAAGGUGAAAUUAAAAAGCAAGAAAAGCCAAUUUGCAUUUCGUUGUCUUCGGGGCCAAAAAUUAUGUAAUAAUUGUGUUUUUCUUUUCCCUUUUUUAAUUUUUAGAUUUUAAUUGUUACAACUUUCUCAGCCUCUACUACUUUUUUUUAGAGGUGAAGAGUGAUUUUAUAAACUGAGAAAAAUGUUAAAAUGGAGUUAGCUUGGUGUUAUAGUACAAAUGCACAUUCCACA